GCUCGCUCAUCUUGACUGCUGUCUUUCUUCCUCGCUCAGUGCAUGUGACAUGUCCAGCAUCGCCGGACGCCGUCCCACCCGCCGAAGCUGUCGGCAGGUGCAACUAGGUGUAAGUGCGUGAUCAGGAGGCGCAUCAGGGUAAAAGUAGUCGCAGCGGUUGUGCGCUUCCCGUGAGCACGCGCACCAGUAGCCGGCCAAAGAUGGCGCUUGAACAGGUCGAGGCAGGCGAAGAGGAGCUCAAGAAUCUCAUCUUGCAGCAGCUUCAGAAGAAUGUGAACGUGCGGUUGUCGUCCCCGCUCGACAUUCCCAAAAAUAGUGCAUGUCGCCUGUUCAGCGUAUCCAACAGCAAAAGCUUGUGCAUAGCAGCGACAAGUGUAGGAUUCCUGCUCCAUCCCUUGGAAGGCUUGCGGGAAACAUUUGCAUCCGGCUCGAAUCACUCCACUCCGCAGCUCAGCCCGGCUGUCCAGGUUGAGACAAUCUCCCAGCCUGCGCUCGGAGCGACGCCUAGCUUUGUUGGAUUUGCGGAUGCCGGAGACAGAGUGCUGGUCGGACUGAGAAAUGGCAUGAUCGCGAUAUGGGAGACUGCCAAGGUCCUUGCGUGCGACCUGACGCCAGCUGCGGUGCUCCAACCUCCGAGCCCAGGUCUGAUUCUUCUUGAGAUUGUGGCGAAUCCAUCGGAUCGGCCUGAGUUAGCUGUUGCUCUUUACUCGGAGCCGGGCUCCAGUAGGGCAGAAUCAGGCCAGCCCAUCACGCUUGACGUGCGGACAGGAGUCUUUGGCACCGGGCUUGCUGCUCCUUCGCGUGUCACAUCCAUCUGCUGGUCCGUCAAGGGAAAACAGCUCGCUCUCGGUUUGGUCACCGGUGAGAUCGUACAAUUUACACCAGCGGGUGAACAAAAGGACACGAUCGUCAAGCCAGAGGGACUCUCCGCCAACUUCUGCGUCGCCGACUUGCGCUGGAUCGAAAAUCAUGUCUUUCUUGCUACUUACUCGAGCGCUGCCAGCACCGAUGCAGAUCUCAGCGAGGACGAUCAGGUGUUCGUAAUAUUGCGAGACGCUUCUACCAAGCAGAUCAAAUUCGUCCACUUUCCGCUUGACCCUGCGCCCAUCUUCGGAUUCGCAGAGGGUGGCCCAAAGCAGAGGCGGCACUGCGCAUGGCUGAAGGGAUGGGCUGAGUUCAAACAUCUUAUCUUCGUCGGCAACGUGCCUAGCACCGAUGUGGGUGUCAUCGGCAGCAAAAAUGAUGCACAGCCAAAUGAAGCGGGUGGAUGGAGCAACAUGGAGCUGGAAGAGACAUCACGACCGACACUGCCUUUUUCAUCUGUCGACAAGGAUGCUGACACUUCACCGGUAGCGCUCGGCUUCGACCUUACCUCCUCUGCCAAUGUGGAUGAUCCUAAUGCAGCUGCGCGAGGUGAAGAUGGGAAAGACAAAUUUCCGCCCAUGCCCGUGCUCUACAUCUACACAAAUGAUGGGGUCCUGCUUGCGUAUCACGUCAUCCACGGAAAUGGAGCAGCGUAUCCCUCUAUGCAGCAGAACCUCGGUGUGUUGAACGGGACCGAAGCGGAGAUGUCCACAGAUCCAAUAGCAACACAGCAAAUCUCAGGCGCAAUGUCCGGAGCGACGCCGAGUCCCAGACCACCGACUACUACAUCACCCUUCUCCUUUGACAAUGCCACAGGGACGACUCCCUCUACCACACCUGCAUUCGGUACUCCUUCUGCCUUCGGCUCAACACCUGCUUUUGGUUCAACCUCCGCAUUUGGUUCAGCACCCGCCUUCGGCCAGAAAAGCACGUUCGGACCGACUAGCGCCUUUGGGCAGUCUAGCGCCUUUGGCCGAGCAUCACCUAGCGUGUCAACGACAGAAUCUCCGAAGCCUAGCAUCUCGUUCGGAUCGGGAGGAGGCUUUGCAGGCUUGGCGAACAAGCCUGCUAUGGGCUUCGGAGCGCUGGCGCAGAACGCCGAAGGAGCAGGCGGAUCUAUCUUUGGCAGCGUUGGCAAACUUGACGCUCAGCAAGCACCCGCGGCUGCCUUUGGCAGCGCAACAAAGGAAGGUACGAGUCCCUCUGAUUCUUCAAAUACCAAAACGACUGCCUUCAGUUUCGGUGGCUUUGCGAACAAAGGAGCGACAGCUUUUGGCGCGCCCGCCAGGUCACCAGCGUCCGCCGCCUUCAGCUUCGGAGCCAAGCCUGCAGAGCCUUCUUCGGGCUCUCCCGUCUCCGCAAGUCCCCCCCCUCCAGCCUUUGGCCAGGCAAGCGCAUUCGGCCAAGCACGUGCAUUUGGGCAGGCAAGCGCCUUCGGUCAGAAGAGCGCGUUCGGACAACCCAUCGUGUUCGGUCAAUCAUCCCCAGGUGCAUCUACCAAUGAGGCAGUCGAGCCCAGUGCUGGGUUUAGCUUUGGAAACGUAUCUGGAGGGGGUUUUGGAGCUCUAGCCAAAGGGGAUACGCCGGCUGGAGGAUCAAUCUUUGGCAACGGCGGCGCAGUCCAAUCAAAAGGCACAGCCGCUCCGGUCUUCGGAGCGGACGCGCCGACCACCUCACGCUUCAGUUUUGGCGGGCCUGUCGCUGCCGAAGCGCAGACACUGCAAUCCAUGCAGCCGACGCGGACCGCACAGCCUUCAGAUGGCUUUGGUAUGUCAGAUCUUGGUGAUAUGCUCGGCGAGUCUGAAGAUGGGAAAGAGGAGGCUGAGGCACGAAAGAAAGAAGAAGAUCGGAAGACCCAAGAGGAAGAGGAUGCGCGUAAGAAGGAAACAGAACUCAAGCGCCAGGAAGAGGAUGUUAAAAGGAGCCGCGAAGAGGAAGAGAAGAAACAGGAGGAAGAGCGAAAGCAUCAAAUGGAGGAGGAGCAAAAGAAGCGUGAGCGAGAAGAGGCUGAGCGGAAGCAGAAAGCAGAAGAAGAAGAGCGCGUGCGCGAGGAAGCAGAGAGAGUCGAGCGCGAGAAGAGAGAGCUUGACGCAAAGGCGGAGCGCGAGCGCAAGGAAGCUGAAAGGCUGAAACAAGAAGAGGCGGAGGAAUGCGAACGAGCAGAAGCAGAGAGACAGAAGCGGAAAGAAGAGGAACAUGUCAAGGAAGAGUCGGAGCGCAAGGCUGCUGCAGAAGUUGCUGCUCGGCGCAAGGCAGAGGCCGACGCUGCAGAGAAGGAAAAGACUUUAGAUGCCGAGAAGGAGGCGUUGCAGAGGUCCAACGCUGCGGGGGUCGACACCGAUGCAGCAGGCCGGUCACCACUGGCGGCUCCAUCGCUCACUUUCAAGCCAAUCUGCCCUGCGCCCCCUCAAGGAGCACCCUUCAGCUUUGGCACAUCUCCGGCCUUCGGUGCAGUGACGAAACCUGGAUCGAGCCCAUUCCCGGCGUUCGCUCCGCCCGCCUCUUCUGCAAGUCCAACUGCUAAACCUCCAGCGGAGAAGCCACUCUCGUUCAAUAUUAAGUCACAAACACCGAUCACUUUUGCUCUGCCUGCAGAGAAUUCAGCUGCUGCCCAGAAGCCAUUUUCUUUUGGGACACCAUCUGCUGCGCCGACAGAGUCACCAGCUUGUAACAACAAGCCGGGAGGCUCCCCUUUCUCCUUCGGUCAACCCGUAGGCCAGAGCAAACCUGCAGAAAGCGCAGAUACAGGUUCAAAGCCAUCACUAUUCCGCUUGCCGUCGUCUGGGAAGCCACCAUCUCCAUUCGCACCGCCUGCCUUUGGGGCUCGGUCUCAAGAGCCUGUGCAACAGCAAGGCCUCCCGUUUGGCUCGUCUCCGAUUUCAGCAAAGACGAUGCCGGCCAUGUUUACAGGAGCCGCUCCUUCAACGCCCGCAAAUCAUGUUGGUCCCAGCGCGGUAUUCAACCAACCAAAGUCUCCCCAGGCGGCCGUAUCACAACAGCCGCCGACCUCGACACCAUCAAGUCUCGCUCCUGCAUCACAGCCACCGCGCCUAACCUUUAAUGUGAAGAAUUCUUCUACCUCUGAGGACGAUGAGACUGGCAUCCAACGUCAAUUCGGUGAUGUUUACCGAGUUAUCGAACAAGAGUUGCAAGUGCUCAAGGGCAACAUGGAAAAGUGCGCAGAGUACCAUGCGCAUGUCGCUCCCAAAUCCAAUACCCACAAGACUCUAGAGGAUCUCUCGAACCAGCCGUGGUCUCUUGGGGAUACUUCUGAGGUGAAGCUUCUAGCGUUGCAGCUUGGUAAAGAUAUCAGCACGAUCGCUCAAGAUGGAAAUGAGCAGCAACGCAGAGUCGCGGCACUCCGUAGUUUGCAGCUGAAAGCGGAAGCCAAGCGAGAAGAGACAGCUCGUUUCGUUAGAGCUCGGAGCGACCCUGAGUUCGCUAGGCUCGUUCGAAUUCGCCAGCUCGGCCCAGAGCAAGCAGAAUCACAGGCUCAGCUGCGCCGAAAAGCUCAGGAACUGCAUAAUCGGACGACAGAGCUGGAAGAGUAUCUCACGCAGCUGAAAAGUCGCAUCAACAACGAAAAGAACCAACGCCACGCCUUUCGAGCGCCUUCACUGGACUCUACCACUCGCUCUGUGCGCAACUUGACGACCCGUGCAACAGAGUCCAUGAUGAAGCUCAACGAAUUGGCUGUGGCAUUCAAGCUGGCGCAGGUUGACACUUCACCGCCCAAAUCAAGCACGCCGUCAGCGCUAUGGAGGAGCUCUGUGGAUCCUUUCAAGAUGUCAAAUAUGGCGAAUUCACUCGAAGCGAACGCAAGCGAGCGAUCCGGAGGAGCGGCGGCUGCACUUCGCGCGCAUCAAAGUGCUUCGCGACUCGCUUCAGCAUUUCAGCAGGAGAUCAGGACACCCCUACUCACCCGCUUGGAAAGUGAUGUUGCCUCUAGAAGGCGCGAUUUCCAGGCAGGCGACUUGCAAAUGUCGUUUGCACGUAUGAACGGCUCAAUCUCGGUGGGGCAGCGUCCAGCAUCCGUCGCAUCCGCACAAGUUUCAGCUGUGCCGAUGACGAUUGCAAAAGAUCAAAGACAGAUCAUACCUACGCCUCCUACAAACGGUAUCACAGUGUUGCAGUCGCAAAUACCUGCGCUGAGUAUGGAGCUUCUUGAAGAUGAUGCAGGCUUUGCACCGGGUGCUCGGGCAGAGAGCUCCUCUCCUCGGCCCCGCUCUUCGAAGGCAAGUGGCAAGGCAAGGAGUUCGAAUGCGGUCCGUAUUCCAGAGCGCGAAGUCACGCCGCCUGGUGCUCUGCCGGCCGCGUUCUUUUCCUUCGGCCCACCUCCCCCUGUGCCCCAAGUCGGCAUGUUUUCGUCUUCUGGCGGAGUUUCUCCAGCCCCGUUCGCCAGUGCUUUCACAGGUGGCGCUUCCUCUACGAAGCCUUCUGCAAGCGUUUUUGGAAACACAACUCCUCCCACGCAGCCAGCCUCUGGUUCUACUCUUCUCUCGAAAUUGUCUGACCCGAGCGUCAGUGCAACCAGCGCGAGCAGUUCAGCUUUCUCCUUUGGACCACUGCCCCCAACCACGACACCAUCCGGAAAGGCCCCAUUCUUGUUCUCAACAUCGGCAUCGUCUUUACCGGCGACAUCGGCCAUCUCUGCUUUUGGUCGCACAGGAGCUCUGCCUACUUUCAACUUUGCGAAGCCCGCAACGAGUUCGCCCCUCUCAUUCGGCUCAUCUGCGAACAGGCAGGCCCCCACGGAUAACCAUGGUUCAGAUGGUGACCAGGCUGAUGGAGAUGCGAUCCAUCAAAGCGACGACGACGAUUACGAAGAGGAGGAGGACGACGGGGGCGAAGACGAUGAAUGGGAAGGAGGCGAGACAGAAGAUGAAGAGGACGCAGGUGUGGAGGAUGAGGAUGAAGAGCGAGUUGACGAGAAUGAGGACGACGACGCAGAAGGAAGUCUCACCGAUUUCAACGAAGACGACGAAGGGCUUGAGACGAUUCAUGAAGAAGAAUGAUGAUUUCCAGCAUGCAAAGAACGAAUGCAUUUGAAGUUAUGUCAUGCAAUUAUCGAUACAUGAU